GAACCCCACCACCACCACCACCUCCCCGACCGCCACCGCCACCACGUGCGGCGAUCGCCGCCGCGCGCCGCGACACUCCCCCCGAUCGAGCUAGUGUGCUUAUCCGCCGCCGGCGGCGCCGCCUCUAGCCGCGCGCGGGGAUGGGGAGGGGGAUAGGGUCGAAGCGGAGGGUGGAGGACGACGACGGGGAGAAUAUGCCGGGGAGGAAGAAGAAGGAGGAGGAGGAGGAGGAGGAGGAUGACGAUGGGGAAGAGGAGUACGAGGUGGACGUGGUGCGCGACCGGAUCGGGUCGUCGCGGGGGAGCCGCCUGGCGCUGUUCGGCUCCGACCUCCGCCUCGGCCGCUUCCGCCCGCGCCGCCGCCGCGUCGCCCCCGUCGACGGCGACGAUGGCAUCUUCCAGGACUUCGUCAUCGACCCCGACAACAAGUGGUAUCGGUUAUGGACGAGGUUCAUACUAGUGUGGGCAGUGUACAGUUCCUUCUUCACGCCAUUGGAAUUUGGCUUCUUCAGGGGGCUCCCCAGGAACCUCUUCUUCCUAGACAUAGCUGGUCAGAUCGCCUUCCUCAUCGACAUUGUUCUCAGGUUCUUCGUGGCCUACCGUGAUCCUGACACCUACCGCAUGGUUCACAAUCCCACCUCCAUCGCUCUCCGAUAUUGUAAAUCAAGCUUCAUUUUUGAUCUUCUUGGUUGUUUUCCGUGGGAUGCUAUCUAUAAGGCUUGUGGAAGUAAAGAAGAAGUAAGAUACCUAUUGUGGAUUCGGUUGACACGAGCUAUGAAGGUGACAGAGUUCUUCAGGAGCAUGGAAAAAGAUAUCCGUAUAAAUUACCUGUUUACUAGGAUUGUGAAACUCAUAGUUGUGGAACUCUACUGUACGCACACAGCAGCAUGUAUCUUCUACUAUCUUGCAACAACACUUCCUGAAUCAAUGGAAGGAUAUACAUGGAUAGGGAGCUUGCAGUUGGGAGACUAUAGUUAUUCUCAUUUCAGGGAGAUUGAUCUUACCAAGCGUUAUAUGACAUCGCUGUACUUUGCCAUAGUCACCAUGGCAACUGUUGGUUAUGGUGACAUUCAUGCUGUGAAUGUCAGGGAGAUGAUAUUCAUCAUGAUUUAUGUUUCCUUUGAUAUGAUUCUUGGAGCCUACCUCAUUGGUAACAUGACUGCACUUAUUGUCAAGGGCUCGAGAACCGAGCGAUUCAGGGAUAAGAUGAAAGAAGUUAUCAGGUACAUGAACAGAAACAAGCUUGGAAAGGACAUAAGGGAACAGAUUAAAGGACAUUUGAGGUUGCAGUAUGAAAGCAGCUACACUGAAGCUUCUGUCCUUCAGGAUAUCCCAGUCUCAAUUCGUGCGAAGAUUUCACAAACACUGUAUAAGCCAUAUAUCGAAAGCAUUCCACUGUUUAAAGGAUGUUCAGCAGAAUUCAUUCAACAGAUUGUGAUCAGGCUGCAGGAAGAGUUCUUCCUACCCGGAGAGGUUAUUUUGGAGCAGGGAAGUGCAGUUGAUCAACUGUACUUUGUCUGUCAUGGGGCACUGGAAGGUGUUGGCAUUGGUGAAGAUGGUCAAGAAGAGACCAUUCUAAUGCUAGAGCCUGAAAGUUCUUUUGGAGAAAUCGCUGUUCUCUGCAAUAUCCCACAACCCUUCACCGUUCGUGUCUGCGAACUUUGUCGUCUUUUGCGGCUUGACAAGCAAUCCUUCACAAACAUCCUGGAGAUCUUCUUCGUUGAUGGAAGAAGAAUUCUGAGCAACCUUUCUGAGAGUAGCGAAUACGGCAGCCGGAUCAAGCAGCUGGAAUCCGACAUCACGUUCCACAUCGGGAAGCAAGAGGCAGAGCUGACGCUGCGAGUGAACAACGCUGCGUUCUACGGUGACAUGCAUCAGCUCAAGAGCCUGAUCCGUGCAGGAGCCGAUCCCAAGAACACCGAUUACGACGGGCGAUCUCCUCUGCAUCUUGCGGCUUGCAAAGGGUUCGAAGAUGUCGUCCAGUUCCUCCUCCACGAAGGCGUCGACAUCGAUCUUUCCGACAAAUUUGGCAACACGCCAUUGCUGGAGGCGGUGAAGCAGGGGCACGACCGGGUGGCGACGCUGCUGUUCAGCAAGGGGGCGAAGCUGAGCCUGGAGAACGCCGGGAGCCACCUGUGCACGGCGGUGGCGAGGGGCGACACGGACUUCGUCCGGCGGGCGCUCGCCUACGGCGGCGACCCGAACGCGAGGGACUACGACCACCGCGCGCCGCUCCACAUCGCCGCCGCCGAGGGCCUCUACCUGAUGGCGAAGCUGCUCGUCGACGCCGGCGCCAGCGUGUUCGCCACCGACCGGUGGGGCACGACGCCGCUGGACGAAGGGCGCAGGUGCGGGAGCCGGACGAUGGUGCAGCUGCUGGAGGCGGCCAAGUCCGGCGAGCUCUCCAGGUACCCGGAGCGCGGCGAGGAGGUGCGGGACAAGAUGCACCCGCGGCGGUGCUCCGUGUUCCCGCACCACCCGUGGGACGGCGGCGAGCGGCGGCGGGAAGGGGUGGUGGUGUGGAUCCCGCACACCAUCGAGGGGCUCGUCAGCUCGGCGCAGGAGAAGCUCGGCCUCGCCGGCUCCGGCGAGGGGCUCCGGCUGCUCGGCGAGGACGGCGCCAGAGUGCUCGACGUCGACAUGGUCCACGACGGGCAGAAGCUCUACCUCGUCGUCGGCGGCGGCGGCGAUGACGGCGGCACGGAGGCAAGGCAGUGAAGGGUUGCACGUUUUCUCCUCAACUCCGCAUUUGCGCGCGAGUUUUGCGGUGUACCAUAGCGGCGGGCAUAGCCGGUGUAGAUCGAUGGAAGCGUGACGUGUCAUUACUCACGGGCCCACAAAUCAGUGACCACGUUACUCUGGGUUAUAAGAUCCUUGUUGUGGUGUAGAUACAUUGAGGGGAAAAGGAAAGAAAAGGAGGGAACGGAUUUGAUGUACAGAUUGUAUAUUACAAGGAAAUGAUAUUGUGGAGGAAGAUCUUAGUAUA